AUGAGAGAAGACGAUGAUAAUCGGCACAACAAAUGGAAGAAUUCGUUCCAGACUCUGAAGUUCACAAUACUUUCCCAUCUGAAGCCGAAUUUGGGAAGAUACUGUUGGAAAGUUGGAUACUAUUGGAAUUUGGGAAGAUACUGUUGGAAAGGUUCAAGGUGCGAAAGAGCAGGCAAUCCUGAAACUGGCGGUAUGCAUAAAGCAAGAAGACCAGUUAUUUACUAUGUUGUAUGGCGUUAA